AAUUCAAUUUGCGCUAUUGCAAUUGUGUUGUUUUUUUUUUUGUGUUUUCAAAUUUGCGCAAAUGCGAGUGCUGGUUAACGCCGGCCGGCAGACGUUUGGCAACACUGUUACUCUAUUGUUUGCCGCUGUUGUGUGAGCAACCCUGCGUGUGUGUGAGCCGUGUGCCGCACACGAAUGUGAGUGUGAAAGCGUGUGGUCGAAAAUUAAGAACAGCAACAAAAAUGUAAGAUUGAAAAACGGCUCUCUUUGUAUGUGAGUGAGUUUAGGGCAGCAGCAAGCAGUAGAGGAAGAAGAAGCGGUAAAACUAAAAAAAUGCUCGCGGGGGAGCAAAGCAAAUUGACAGCAGAGGCAGCAGCAGGAAAGCAGCGCAGCCGCUAAAUCUUUGCCGUCGGUCGCGUCGCAAAAGCAACAUAAAAAACUAAAAACUAAAAUCAAAUAAAAGUUAAAACUAAAACAGAAAAUGGGAAAAUUUCCAUAGCCAAAAAUAAGCAAUAACAUUUUCAAGUUUGACGUUUUUAUGGUGUGUGAAAAGCGAGACGAGGAACAGGGCGCAAAAGGAAUAGGCCACAAAAACUCAAAACAACGAAAAUUAAUAUGUGGAAAGCAUCAGGAGCAGCAGCGCUGAACAGCGUCGACGUCGCAGCAGCCGCCGACAGCGCGUCGAAAGCAGCAACAAAAAGCAGCGCAUGACGUGCAAAGCAACUAGCGAUAAAAUUGCUUUAAAUAAAGUGUAAUACAAAAAACAAAAAUCUAACAAAUAAUAAUAACAAUAACAAAAGCAACAACAACAAACGUUAAACAAGUAGAAGUAGUUGAAGCAGUGCGAAAGAGAGAGGAAGAGGCAGCAAAAGCAGCAGCUAAAGAAGAAGAAGAAGCAGCAAAACUACAAACAGUGAACGCUAAACGCACACGCAAAGCAAAUUACAAUAAAAACGCCAAGAGUUAGUGGGAGAGUGCGAGAGAGAGGGAGAGAAUAAGCUUCAUAUUUGCAACUUUCUCAUUCUCGCAUUAAAUUCAAGCAAAAACACAAAAAAAACCGAGAGAAUUUGUUGUUUGUUGUUGUUGUUGUUGCCAUGGCCAGCAGCAGCAUCAGCACAACAACAAAUGCAGUCGCAGUCAGCGUCAACGUCAACGCCACAACGCUGCCAUCUCUAUUUGCCGGCAACAGCACAACAACAUCAGCAACAACAACAACAACAAACGUAAACGUUGCCGCCAAAGAUAAAGAUAAAGAUAUGGACGGACUGAUUGCCAUCAAUGAUAGCGCAUUAUCGCAACAAAUCGAAUUUAUACUACAAGAUGCUCCCAUGGAGCAGGAUGAUGAGCUGCAGCUUAAUAUGGCAGCGGCAGCGGCAGCAGCGACGUCGACAGCGGCAGCGACGUCGGCAGCGUUAAAGCUCGAUAACCACCCACCGAUAACACCGAUAACAAAUGCAACAAUAACGACGACAACAGCAACAACAAUAAACAGCGCUUCCCCAUACAACAACAGCAACAACAAUAAUAACAACAACAAUCACAACAACAACAACACUUUGAGUGUUGAGGAUCAGCAGCAACUGUUGCUGCAACAACAUCGCCAACAACAACAGCAACAUCAUCUGCUUAAUGGACGCCGCAUAAUCAUACAAUCAACGGGCAACAACAACAACAACCACAACAAUAAUAACAACAACAACAACACCACCGUUUUAACAGCCAGCGACAUUAAAGAGGAGCAACAGGAGCUGGAGGAAAGAGAACACGAUGAUGACGAUGAGGAGGAGGAAGAGGAAGAAGAGGAUCCCGAAUUGAAUGAUGAGAAUUUGCAGGAUAUUGAAGAGGAGGCGCAGGCAGCGGAAGCGGAUGAGGAGCCCGAAACGGCGACACAUCUGCAACAUCAUCAACAGCAGCAACAUCAUCAUGCACACCAGCAACAUCAUCAUCAGCAGCAACAUCUCAACCAGCAACAUCUCAACCAGCAACAUUUGCAAACGCAAGUGAAACUGGAAUUGGAUGAUCUGCCGGAUGAGGAUGAUGAGGAGGAGGAGGAUGAGGAUGAGCAUAUGUCGCAGCCAGCGCAACAACAACAGCUUGAGACACUUCAACAACAACUGGAGUACUCGACAACGGCACAGCAAUUGGUGUUGCCGGCGGGCAGCAUUGUGAGCACCACAACAACACGAGCAUUGGCGGUGCCCGUGUCGGAGGCAGCGUUGGUGCAACUGCAACGUCGACCCGUCUACAUCAGCAAUGCAACAAUGAGCAGUCUGGCGGGUGCAACAUAUGUGCGAAUGCCAGCAGCAGCUGUUAUCAGUCGCAGUCCGAUGACGGUGUUGAAUGUGGUGCAACAGACGGGUGGAUCGACAGCACAAUUGAUAUUGCAGGCGGCAACGGCGGCAGCAGCAGCAACACCAACGCCACAACAACAACAACAACCAUCUGCAACAGCAGCAGCAACAACAACAACAACUGUGCCGUCCCCCAGCAAUGAGCAACAGCAGCAGCAGCAGCAACAACUAGCAGCAAUUGCUCUCGCCCAGCAGCAGCAGCAGCAACAACACCAGCAGCAGCAGCAACAACAACAACAGCAACAUCAUCAGUCCAUUAAACCGGCGCCUGCCACCAACACGGUGGCAACCUCAACAACCAGUUACCAAUGCAUGGAAUGUGUUGAAAAGUUCGAUUCAAAGGAACUCUUUGACAUCCAUCGCAGCGGACACGCCAACAACAUGAAGUGCGCCAUCUGCAACAUGGUGUUGAAAUCCCUGAAAAACUAUGAGAAGCAUUGCCUACGUUGCAAGCCUUACGAAUGCCAGAUUUGCGGUCGUGUUGUACGCUUUCGUCCCAAUUUCAUCAAACAUAUGCGUGUGCAUACGGGUCAGCAAUCGGAGAGGCAUAAAUACAAAUGCGAGGUGUGCCACAAGGAGUUUAUGAGCUUUGAAUACUUCAAGGUGCACAAGAAGAUCCACAACGAGAAUGUCAAUCUGACGUGUGAGAUCUGUGGCAAGGUGUUUAGUGCACUUGCCUCGCUGCGUGGUCACUCCAAGCUGCAUUCGGGCGUCAAGUUGCACAAAUGUGAUGUUUGUGGCAAGGGAUUCGGACAACGUUACAAUCUGAAGAUUCACGCGCGCACACACACGGGCGACUUUCCCUUUGAGUGUAAGGUGUGUAAGAAGAAGUUGCACACACAGUCCUCGUUGCAGACGCAUAUGCAGGUGCAUCUGCGUGAUCAGCCCAAAGGCAGCAGCAGCAACAACAACAACAACAGCAGCAGCAGCAGCGCCGCCAGCAGCAGCAGCAGCGGCAACAAUACCACCAGCAAUAACAAUAACAAUAAUAAUAUAAAUGUGGCAACGAGUGCGGUCAAAAUUGAGCCAGAUUUGGACAGACCAGGCACAAGUCAGCAACAACAACAGCAGCAACAGCAGCAGCAACAACAGCAACAAGAAAUGGAGUUGGAUGAACAGUCGGGUUUGAGUGAUGAGGAGCAUGAUGUUGCCGCUGUUCAUAGCUCGACCAAUAAUAAUAAUAUUAAUAUUAAUAAUCGUUUAACCACCGGCGAGGAUUCCUCCAAUGAAUCCUCAUCGAAUGCCUCGCUACAGCAUCCGCUUUCCUCCUCAGCCAGCUCAUCGCACUCGCAGCAGCAACAACAACAACAGCAACAACAACAAUAUAUUGUAUCGACGCCCACGCGCACUAUUGUUAUUAAAAACUAUGUGCAACAACAGCAACAGCAGCAACAAUCAACAGAUCAGGCAACAGCAACAACAACAGCUACGGCUACAACUGCUGGCAAUGGCAAUUGUUCGAGUGUGCUGCACACACAGGUCAUUCAAAGCGGUGCAGGCACCAGCAAUGGCCAUCACAUCAUCAACAACACCUCCACUAGCAGCGGCAGCGGCAGCAGCAACAACAACUCCAGCAGCAGCAGCAGCAGUAACAACAUGUUAAACAACGGCAAUAAUAGCUGUACAAACAGCAGCAGCAACAGCAAUACAAACAACAGCAGCAGCAACAGCAACAACACCGCCAGCAGCAAUGCUGCAGUGCCAGCAACAACAGCGAAUGCCAGCAGCAAUCUCGCACAGCAAUUGUUGCGUAAAACGCCCAUUAUACAUUCAACGGGAACGCUCAGCUCGGCGCUGGCAAGCGUUGUGCAACAGACGGGCGUUGGUUCGCCGUCACAUUCGCCAUCAUCUUCAUCGCAAUCGUGUUCCUCCACCGUUCUAGUGUCCAAGGCGACGGGUGUACCGCUUUCCAUAGCCUCAUCAGCGGCAUUGGGCGGCUUUACAAUAAUACGCAGUACGCGCAAUCAUCAGCAACAGCAGCAGCAGCAACAGCAGCAACAACAGCAGCAGCAACAGGCGCAGAGUAACUGCAGCAAUCAGCGUGUUGUUGCUGGCGUGGCAGGAGGACAACAUCAGCAGCAACAGCAGCAGCAGCAACAACAACAACCACAACAGCGUAAUAACCACCGAAACCACCACCGACGUCGUCAUCUGGCGGAUAUGGACGACGAUGAUGAUGAUGACGAUGAUGAUGAGGAUGAGACGAGUCAACAACAACAGCAACAACAUCAUCAGCAUCAACAACAUCAUCACAACAAUCAUCACAAUCAUAAUCAUCAUUUCGAUGAUGAUGAUGACGAUGAGAAAUCAUCACCGUCCCUGGCAACCGCCGCCAUCAUUAAAGUUGAACCGAAUCUCUAUUCAUCUGGCUCUGGCGAUAAUUCCAACGAUAUGUUCAUUAAAGAGGAGGUGAUGUUUGAAGAUUCCGCCGCACCGCAUUCACCACAAUCGCCGCCCAGUUCGAAAUUUCGUAUAUCGAAUUUUGAUAGCGAUCUGGUUGAUGAUCAUGUCGAUUUAAAUCAUUCGCUGCCACCGUAUGGCAAUCUAUUUGAGCCGCAUUCAAUACGUGAUAGCAUACCCGUACAAUUAUAUCCAGAUGACGAUGAUGAUUUUCGUUUGGAUCACAGUUCAUUGGGUGGUCUGCACAAUACAUCAUCGUCCACAACGGAUGGUGAUUUCAUAAAAAAGGAAUGGGUCUAUGGCAGUAGUGCAACGAGCAGUUAUGCCAUGAAUGGCAAAUUCGAUGAUGAUAGCGAUGCUCUAUGCGAUGCCGCCAAUUUCAUAUACAAUUGAAAAUCGAAAACGCAAAAC